AUUGCACGAAUCGGUUGACAAUGUUGGACAUGUGAUGAAAGUUCUUAAAGAAACCUGCCCCAAAAUUUUUCACUGGACAGUUCAACCAACCAAAAAGACACAGUGUAGAGAUCGAAAAUCAUGUCCAACGUCCUUUUUCUCUAUGCGCAAGCUGAUGAAACCCGAAGCCAGGAGUUGAAAGAUUUUCUUCAAGGAAAACUAGGCUCCUUAGUUAAAGUUGCCACAGUAAGUGACGCCCUGGAGGACGAUUCUACCCUAGAGGACGAGCUUUUCCAAAGUCAAUGCGUCGUUCUUGUUUACACUCAAGACAGCGAAAAGUUUCUGCAAGAGGGAGCGUUCGAUUUUAACGAGGAAUACGUCGUAUUCGAUGGCAGUAUCACUAAAGCAUUCCUGGAGGAGGAUGAGAUGGUUAACCGAGUAAUUGUGAUUCAUUACGGGUGGAGACCGGAGCAAUGGUUUUACGAUCGAGUUCCGAAGAGAAUUUUCCACGUCAGUGAGACGCUGGAGUUGGAAGCAAACCCAAAGGUGGAACAAAUUGUAGACCCGAUUAAAGGGAUUGUUAAGAAAAACAAGAAAUAAAACACUGAGUUCAUAAACUUGGUUGUGAGGUU